AUGGGAAAUGAUAUGGUAAGGGUUUCAGUGUUGGAUGUUAGAAACCCAAAGGCUAGAGCUCCUGUGCCCACACAAGAGGUUCAGACGAUGGAACAAGCCCUAAAUACCUUCCUUCAAUGGCCUUAUAAGUUGGUAAAAGUGAUAUCUACGGAGGAUGUUGUUGCCCCACCAAAGGCUAUGCUUAACCAUUCUAGAAAUCUAACUCCGAUGAAAAAGCUAUGGAGAUUGGUUGCAGAUAUGGAAGAUGACAAUCGACCCAAACAGGUCCCUUGGGCUCCUGAAGUGUUUGGCUUUUGUAGUAAUGUCCCCUUGUAUAUAAGCCAGAGCGACAUAUCAGAGAUUACAAACGGGCACUGCAUGCUGAACAUAUCAAUUUUGCAAUUGUGGUUAUUAUUUAUCCAUAAAUUGAGUGUGGAUAAAGGGAAUGAUCACAUUUAUGGAUUUUUGGAACCCGAGUUAAUCCAAAAAAUUGGGAACAAGACAGAAGAAAUUCAAGCUUACAUCCAAAAUUGGAUGUCUGAAUCAAAUAAAAAAGUUUACUUAGUUCCUUACUUUUCUAAUGCUCAUUGGCAACUUCUGAUUAUUUGUCCUAUGGACAAUAUAUCUGUAUGCAUUUGUUCGAUGCACAAACCUCCUCCUGCAGAUUUUAAACAAUUAUUAGAUAAGGCUAUGGAAGGAUACCAUAUGCUUAAAGGUUCAAAGUUGAAGAAAAAAAUGCUUUGGGUCUCUCUUAAAUCUCAUAAGCAAAAAGGAAACUAUGAUGGCUUAAUUUAA